CGCUUUCCCACAGGCUGGCAACCAACUGUCAUCGUCGACAACAUCAACGACUAUUAUACACCGGUAUGUAAAAUCAAUUGAGAACACAACUCCAGCUGGCCGCUACGCAAAGACAUCAUCUCCACAGAAAAUAGUGUUCGAAAAUCAACCAAUUAAUCAGCCAUGACAAACAAACUAAGGCUGGUGAAACGAGUUUAUGGUCGCUACUUCCCAGUUGGCGAAGAGCAGCACAACAACUCAUCAUCAUCGACCCAGAUGAAAAAUUACGAGGAGAGUUCGAAAAAGCGCACCAGAGCUGAUGACUCUAUCACGACAACUUCCAAUAUGAUUAUCAUGGAUAAUGACAUUAUUUCGUUGGAGGAACCCUGCAGCUGUCUACCAGUUACCGUGUUAUCCGAAGAUAACAAUGGUGACAUGGUCGAAACAAAGCUGCAAAAGCAAAUAUCCGACUCUGGAGUAAUGAUCGUAGAAAGUAACAACUCGUCAGGAACCCAGAGUGAUAGUCUCUCGGCGGAAGAUAUAUGGUUCGAAGAAGGCGAGACAGCCAGGGAUUUGGAAAACGGAAACAGCACCGUAAUGGAAAAAGUACAAGAAUUAGGAGACACUGCUUUGGAGGAAAAUCCAUUUGCUCCAAGACCUGGAAAGACACUGUUGUGGACCAACGUCAACAUGACUAUGUCAAGUUACGGAGGAGGUGGCGAGCGAAAGAUAUUAGACAACGUCUGGGGUGAAGUCCCUCGAAAAGAAAUCACUGCUAUCAUGGGACCCUCUGGGGCAGGCAAGACUUCGUUACUGAACGUCUUGGCAGGAAGGGCGGCACCCAGAGGUCCACUCAAGAUUACAGCUGAUGUUAGACUGGAUAACUACGCGGUGAAUCCACGAAGCAUGAAAAUCCGAAAGCUCAUUGCCUUUGUGGCACAAGACGACUCAUUGCAAGCCACAGCGACUCCUCGGGAAUCCAUUGCGUUUUCGGCCCGACUGCGGCUACCGAGAUCGACCACGGACCGAAACAUUCAAAAACUGACAGAUCGAAUGCUCGCAGAGCUAGGUCUGGCGAAAUGUGCUGAUACAGUCAUUGGGGGAAUGAUGGUGAAGGGUUUGUCAGGGGGUGAACGGAAACGUACAAGCGUCGGUGUGGAACUGGUCACCAAGCCCGACCUAGUCUGUCUUGACGAACCAACGUCGGGACUCGAUAGUUUCAGCGCAGUGCAACUUUGCCAGGUGCUCAAGAAAGUCACCCAGGCCGGAAGUGGAGUCUUGAUGAGUAUUCAUCAACCUGCAAGUGACAUCUUUUGCUCGUUUGGCCAUUUGAUCAUCUUGAACGAGGGACGUGUCAUGUACCAGGGGUCCGUCGCAAAUGUCCCAACGUUCUUUGCUCAGCGGGGACAUCCUUGUCCUCCGCACUUCAAUCCAGCAGAUUGGAUCAUGAAUCGAGCCAAAAUGAUUUCUACUACCGAACUUUGCAAAGCCGGAUUCUAUCCCGAGGAUGAGCGAAUCCUGAAAGAUCCAAAGGAACUGAAUGCGGCAGGGACACGGUCCCUCUUCGGGAAAAGAAGAGUGAUUGCUUGGAGCAGCAAGACCGCCAGUAAGGCCACUCAAAUCCGCUUGCUGUUCCGUAGGGAAGUGAUCAACUUGACGCGCGACAAGAUAGCAAUGGCAGGUCGCCUUGGAUUCUCAACACUUCUCAGUCUAAUGAUGGGGGCAAUCUUUUGGGACGUUGGCAAUUCCGAUUCAGCCAACAUUGCGGGUCUUCAAGGCCAUUUUGGAGGGCUCGUGUUAUCACUCGUUCUUUCCAUGAUCGGAACUGCCCAGCCGUCUCUCCUGGCCUUCCCUCUCGAACGCCCCGUCUUCGUCAGAGAAUACUCUACCAACCACUACUCAGUUCUGGCAUACUUUACUAGUCGGUUUCUUGUAGAGGCUACGGUGACAGCGGUUCAAGUUCUCAAAAUCUCUGCCAUGACAUACUACAUGAUGGGGUUCAACUUGAGUUUUGGAACUUAUUGCCUCACAUCCUAUGCACUUGCCAUGUCUAGCACCGCUCUCGCAGUUGCUUUUGGAUGUGCCAUUGAAGAUCCCAAACUAGGAAUGGAAAUGUUUCCGCUUCUCUUUAUUCCUCAGCUCCUGUUUUCUGGGUUCUUUGUCAUCCCUUCCAUGAUCCCAAGUUGGAUCCGGUGGCAAAGAUACAUCUUCCCGUUGACUUAUGGCCUUCAAAUUGCCAUGUUGGAGGAAUUUGAUGAUUGUGGUUCGCCAGCAGGGCGUGCCAAUUGCCGUCUUCUCAUCGAAAGCAUAGAAGCCGACGCCGACCAGGUGUGCUUGUAUUGGAUUCUUCUAGUUGUUUUGUUCAUUGUGUUCCGUGUAUUGGCUUUGGCCAUGCUGCGCAAGAAGGCGACGAAAUUCUUCUGAGCCAGAGGGCUAACAAACAACAUUCACCCUUCAGUAAGCUAAACACUGCAACUUGUUGUAGCUAUUUCACUGGGCUGUACUUGGCUUGUCGACUCCACAGAGAUUGACCAAUGAAAGAAUGGACGAAAGGCCCUACGUUGGGGCUUUGAGAAUCGGGACUUCAAUUGGUGGCUCGAGCAGGUCUCUCGAGCAGGUUCGAAAAUUUGCUCUUACACAUGCAGUUUGAUUCUGUUCCAAGAUGCCAAAGUAUUGUGGGUGCCCUUGCAAGGAAAAUGCUUUUUUGAGACGCUAGGCGCAGAUUUUUCCUCGUCUAUGUACGGCUAUCGUUGAUUGGAUUGGUAGCCAAAGUAGCAAACCAAGAGCUGGAAUGCCGCAUAAAAUAUUGUAAAGAGUGCCACAAACAUAAAGUGUGGAGCGUAGAUAUCCCACACCAUUAGGUGACGCCUCAGUACGCUCACUGAAAUACUCGAACAUAGAGUCUCAAUCAGCUGGUAGAGACAAUACCAUCUCCAGGGAUCGGUUCGUCGGGGAAAACCAGACAUCUUGGCUGUAUGCAUAGCAUUAGAAGAAACUAGCCAGGCAAAGCAGAGACCCAUGAUUUCCCAGCCAAAUGUAUUGAUGAACAAAGACAAUCCAGCAAACGCAAAAUUGAAGACGCUAGUUGCCACAAAAGCUGAAGACAGUUGCAACCUGGCAAAGCUGCAACCAUGAUUGGUAGCAAAGAAGACGUGGCGAAUGAUGAACCUCCAAAGUGCAGCCAAGACUGCAGAUGGGAUCUUGAGCAGCAGAAUGAUUUCAACGAUAAUAGACUUGUCAGGCAUAGUUUCACUACCAAGUUGGAAAGGAAAGCAACGAUACAAAGUUCUUACCAUGGAAGGCCCUGUCAUGCCAGAAAGAAGAAAGACUGCCGCGGCCUGGGCCGAGAAGAGCAAUGCCGAUGUCGCAGACGAUGGACCGGUCACGAUCAUCACGAGAAGCAGUAGUUUGAAGAUGAUGGUCACGGCAUCCCCGGGAGGCAGAGAGAGUGUCGUGGGAGGUUUGUUCCGCAGCUGUUCCUGGUAUUGUUGGUUUUGUCGCUCGUGGACCGUAGUCAAUGCCUGAUAGAUGGACCAGGGCAAACUCAGUAGGACCAAGGCAAUGGCGCAACGAGCUCCUGCAAAUCCGUGGCGAUCUGACUCGGGUUGUCUUUUCUCCCACCAUGCCUGUGCCAAGAAAGCCAACGUGGCAAGAUCUAGUGCCAUGUGCUGUCGCGAGCGAGUGAAUUGGAGUCCAUCACAGAGGUACCACCGACCGGCCAUGAGCAGUACGACACUGGAAAGGAACAUCAUGGGAUGGUGCGCUGUGUGGGCCCGUGUCGAAGGAUCUUGUCCAUGGCCAGUGACAAAGAGUUCGCCCAGACGAGAUGCCACCGGGAUGACAAGCGGAGCGUAUCGUUUGACGUAGGAUGUGGUUGCAUUAUUGCUUUGAGUAGCGGCAGCUGACCUCGCUGCCAACACGAACCCCAAGAUCCCAAUCAUGUACAUGCAGACGUGUUCCUCUUCCAGAAUGUAACUGUUUCCAAAAGUCAACAUUCCACAAAAGAAGACGACAAACAGUGCUGUCAAUAAGAGUUCCCACAGCUGCCCUGGCAUUGGAAUGGACCACACUGAUGAUGGAUCUCCUUCGUUUGUUGUUGUUUGUAGAAAGAAGGGCACAAUCCACAGAAUGACAGAAACAAAAAGGACAACAAUCCCAAUUGUCAUACCCGUGGUAUCAAAUCGGGUCCACACCCGUUGUCCUAACUGUAGUGCCUCCAAUAAGAAUAAUUUGAAGAGACUACACGCUUUCAACGUCGCCGUGGAGUCUUCCCCGGUUGCCAAUGCCUCUUUCCACACCGUCACGGCAUGCAGAAGCCGUUCCUCCAGUUCGUCCAAACCGGGAAGUUGAUUGGCGGUUCGUGAAUACUCGGUAAAGUACCUCCACACUUGCGCCGCAUUCAACGCCAAUGCCACGGCGGUCUGCGAUGCCGUGGAAAAGAGGGAGAGAGCCGGUACCAGUGCUCCCAAAUUGGCAUAGGGAAUGGGCAUUCCCAGGAGCAAGGAUAUGGUCGGCACGAGAUCAAUUUGAUGGAUACUGGUAAAGGCGGUUUGCGCAUCGUGGCUGG